AUGGCGAUAACAAGGAGGACGAACACGGUAGAUCAGCAACACGAAGAAGAACAUGUCGAGGUGGUGGAUGAAACCAACCUUUCUGAAACCGUCCGUCUAUUGAAACAAGAGAUGGAGGCUACGAAACAACAGCGAGAAAAAUAUGCUAGGGAGCUUUCGGCCUUGAAAGCUGAGAAUGAGGCACUAAGGAAUCAAGACACCUCAUGGAACCCUACUCAGGUAACCCUGAGUACUACGGAUGAUGCUGCAUUGUGUCGCAUUUUCCCCACAUCCCUCAAGGUUCAGUUUGCAACAAGCCGUCCUCAUAGCUUGACAUCUUUGUCGUUGGUUAGCCUUCGGCAAGAUAAGAAAGAAUCGCUUCGAACUUUCAUGGAUCGGUUCAACAAGGCAGCCUUGGAAAUCCGAGAUCUUAACCCGGCGGUAGCACUUCAUCACCUGACGACGGCUUUAAAACCAGGGCCAUUCGUCAAUAGCCUAUGCAAGAAGCCUCCUUCAGAUAUGAAUGAUCUGCGCAGGAGAGCGGAUAAAUAUAUGCAAAUGGAGGAGUUGGCCGAAUUUCGAAAUCAGGCCCGGGCUGACCAGUCGGCCAAGCUUGAGAAACCAAUCGAACAGACAUACAGGGGGCGAGGCAAAGAAAUAGCUCUUCGGGACCGACCCGUGCGAGGUCCCAAAUACUCCAAUUACACCCCUCUUAAUGCAAGCCGGGCCGCGAUACUGGAGCAAGCUUUGGCAGCAGAAGUGUUGGCGGUUCCAAAGAGAGCUUCCACUCCGCCACGCGCCGAUACCAGCAAAACCUGCAGGUAUCACCGAAAUCGCGGACACUCAACUGAAGAGUGUGCCGCCUUAAAAGAUAAAAUUGAAGAUUUGGUCAAGCAAGGCAAGUUGCACAAUUUUGUGGAUCGGCCAGCUUCAUAUCGUCCCCGCUCCUCGUCCCAGUAUCGACACAAUGAUCGGCAUGGGCAGGAUCGGUCUGAUAGACCUCGGCGCGAGCGAAGUAGGUCGCAAGAAAAGAAAGAUGAUUCGGCACCUUCACGUCGGAGGGUCAUAAACACAAUCGCAGGUGGAUUUGCGGGUGGCGGCUCGACAUCUUCUGCCCGAAAGAGACACCUUAGAGCUAUUCGUUCGGUCAAUAAUGUGGAUAGGCAACCUCCCCGACGAUUACCAAUAAUAACUUUCACUGAUGCUGAUUUUCAAGGCAUCGAUCCUGAGCAAGAUGAUCCAAUGGUGAUUAGCGUGGAAAUUCACAACUGCAUAGUAAAGAAAACGCUGGUGGAUCCGAGGUGCCUACACCUCCAGCUUGUCGGACUUGCUUUGACCGAGCCAUAA